GUAUGCUGGAAAUGAAUUUUGAAUUGAAAUGGCGCGGCUUUGUGGUUGUAAACAAAUUUGUUAAAAGCUCGCAUGGGUUUUACUUUUUGAGAAAUUUUAACACUUUCAAAAUGGCAUCAGCUGCAAAGAAACCUAAACUUUCCCAGCCUUCAAUAUCUGGUUCUGAAUCAAAGACCUCCAUUGACGAUUUUAUGAAAAGUCUGCAAGCCAAACGCGAUGUGACCGCUAAGUCGAUUUUGGAGUAUACAUUCAACAAAAAGCGUCUUAGGAUAAUAUCUCAGGAGCAGACGGUGCCUGAUGACUGCGAGGGCAUCGUGUACUGGAUGUCUAGAGACAGUAGAGUGCAGGACAACUGGGCUUUUCUGUUUGCGCAGAAACUUGCGUUGAAGAACGAAGUACCGCUCCACGUGUGUUUUUGUUUGAUUGCGAAGUACUUGGACGCGUCCGUGAGGCAGUUUGACUUCCUUAUCAAAGGCUUAAAAACAGUAGCAGCUCAAUGCGAGGAGCUGGACAUAUCCUUUCACCUGCUAGAAGGAGAUGGGGGGGAUGUCCUACCACAAUGGGUGAUAGACCACAAAAUUGGGGCUGUGGUGUGCGACUUCAACCCGCUGAGGACACCCUUGGGGUGGCUGGAGAAGGCUAAGAAGGGCUUAAAGAAAGAUGUGCCUUUGAUUCAGGUGGACGCCCACAACAUAGUCCCAUGCUGGGUGGCCUCGGACAAGCAGGAGUACUCGGCGCGGACCAUCCGGAACAAGAUAAACUCCAAACUGGAUGAGUACUUGACGCAGUUCCCGCCGGUUAUCAAGCACCCUUACAAGAGUAAAUUUAAACCUGAGCCUAUAGACUGGGAGCAAGCCAUCGAAUCCCGCGACGCCGACAAGUCCGUAGGCCCCGUAGACUGGGCCACUCCGGGCUACCACGCCGCAGUCAAAAUGUUGAAGAGCUUCCUCGACCAGCGGCUCGCGAUAUUCGCCACGAAGCGGAACGACCCCACGCUGGAUGCGCUUAGCAAUCUGUCACCUUGGUUCCAUUUUGGUCAAAUCUCCGUCCAAAGAGUAGCCCUGUGCGUUCAAGAGUACAAGAAGAAAUACACCGAGAGCGUAAACGCGUUCUUAGAAGAGGCCAUCGUGCGCCGAGAACUGGCGGAUAACUUCUGCUUCUAUAAUGAACACUAUGACAGUGUGAAGGGAGCACAUGGUUGGGCGGCUAAGACAUUAGAUGAUCACAGAAAAGACAAAAGAUCGCACAUCUACACACUGGACCAACUAUCCCAGGCCAAAACCCACGACGACCUCUGGAACUCCGCGCAAAUACAACUCAGCAAGGAAGGCAAGAUGCACGGCUUCCUACGGAUGUACUGGGCUAAGAAGAUUCUAGAAUGGACGCCCAGCCCAGAAGAUGCGCUAAAGUAUGCGAUAUACAUGAACGAUCAUUAUAGCAUAGAUGGGCGGGAUCCUAAUGGAUAUGUUGGCUGCAUGUGGUCCAUCUGCGGCACGCACGACCAGGGCUGGGCCGAGCGCGCCGUGUUCGGGAAGGUGCGCUACAUGAACUACGAGGGCUGCAAGCGCAAGUUCUCUGUGCCCGCCUUCGUGGCCAGGUACGGGGGGAAGGUGCACAAGUACGUGCCUAACAUACAUGUUAGGCACGUACUGACUACUGACAGUGUUACCGGGACUGCUGUCUAAAUUACUAUAAACACAUGUACUUACUCGUAAAAGUCGUCAUAGGUGUCGAUUUAUAGGUUUCCGGGGGUGGAGUAGUUCUGUAUUGAAACUGGAAAUUUACUAGCCUUUGUAGCGACUAGCGAGUUAUGGGGGGAAGGUGCACAAGUACGUGCCUAAGAAGUAGACAGUGUUACCAGGACUGCUGUCAAAAUUACUAAUAACACAUGUACUUACUAGUAAAAGUCGUCAUGGGUGUCGUUUUAUAGGUUUCCGGGGGUGAAGUAGUUCUGUAUUGAAACUGGAAAUUUACUAUACUUAAUUGCCUUUUUAGCGAGGUAUGUGGAAAGGUUCAUAAGUAUGUGCUAAGAAAUAAGCAUUUAAAAAGUCAAAUACGCUCACAAAAAAAAAUUAGACCAACUUGGAAGAUGGACGCCAAAAAAAAGGCAAGAGAAAAAACGCAGAUUGUCUUGAUAUGAGGCUUGCGAGCCCUUUUCACGCCGAAGCACUAACUAGUGGCGAUUCAUGACCGCGUUCCUGGCCCGAAUUAGCUAUGAAUCGUUUGUCUUUAUCUGUCAUUUUGACUUAUGUAUUUGUAAGAAAGGGAUAAAACAUAAUUUAACUAAAUCAGGCCCGUAAAGUUUUCUAAAUAAGGGGCACAAUGCCUUUUGGCUGUGAGUUGUGUUCGACAAUCCGGUAUGAACUAGGAUAGUUGCAAGCGAAAAAAUGUACCCGCUCUGUUGCGGGUUACGGAGGAAAAGUUCAUAAGUACGUGCCAAAAAAGUAGGCUUGGGUUGGGCUCGGAACCGGUAUUUUUUAAAAACCCCGAAAUAGCCCAAUAUUUUAAUUAUUUUAAUGCUCAUUACGUAGGACUGAAUCAUGUUUUUAGGAAACAAUUUUGCAUUAUUAAAACGUCCCAUUAAAAAUGAAAUUAUAAACAAAAGAACGAAAAAGAACGUAAUAAUACCGGUAUUUUUGUAUGGAGCAAAUACCGGUUUCCGACCCCUGCUUGGGCAAUGAAAGCAUCGGCCAAUUUGUUUUGAUUGAAUUGAAAUUUUCACAGAUGUAUUUCUGUUGCCGCUAUAACAACAAAUACUAAAAACAGAAUAAUAUAAAUAUUUAAAUGGGGCUCCCAUACAAUAAGCGUGAUUUUUUUUUGCUGUUUUUUUCCGUAAUGGUACGUAACCCUUCGUGCGCGAGUCCGACUUGCACUUGGCCGGUUUUUAUCAAUUUCAAUUAUUUAUUUAUGGCGUAGAAAUCUCCACUAAAUAGUACCGUCAGCACAGAGCGUAAGUCACUGACUUUCACCGGCAUUCCCCAUUUGGUCAACUUCUACCACAACCUACUAUUAUUUAGAAUCCACUAACUCCUACGACUUUGUGCUUCUCGAGGAUUAGUUCUAUUUAAUCUACAAGAGAAUGAAAUUGGAAUAUUGAUAUCAGAAGACUGUGUGAGGGUAUUUAGUGUACAUUCAAUCACAUUAUUUUUUAAGGGGCUACCCGAGGUUACAUCGAUUUUUGUCAAGUUUUCAAUCGUAUCUCCUACUUUUGCACUACAGAUAGAAUUAUAAGACAAACGGAUAUGGGUUCUUCAAUCUUUUAUCUCCAUUUUUGUCUACCGGAUUUUGAAGGAGAUGAAUACUUAUAUUUUUUUUUUUACAUUCUCUAAAAACACUUUUUUUGUAUCUUGAUUGCUGUUGGGUUCGUCUUUGACGUCUAAAAAUUUGUCAAAGGUUUUAAUUUUAAGCUAAUUAACACAAAAGUUAUGGCCAGAAAACUAGUUUUUCGGCCUAAAAUUGUUCAACUUGACGCCAAAUAUCUCGAAAACAAUUAACUUUGAAGUAAAUUACUGUUAAUAUUAUGAUUGGCUACAAAAAACAUUAGAAAAGUAAGGGAUUCAGAUCUAAGGUCAUUUGGGGCAUGAGAUCCCCUUAAAAGAAAGAAACUAUUAGUCUAUAAAUAGCUAGAAUAAGCUUAGGAUUCAAUUAUUGUGAUUUUAAAAUUAAUGUAGAUAGGUUUUUAACGGAUAUUAAGUACCUAAGUGUCCAAUCUCAGUAAUCACGUUAUUUUUAUAUCAAUUUUUCCUGUGUUUAAGUAAGACUAGCAUGUUUAAGUUAAAAUGAUACCUGCUACUUGUCAAGACUUGUCUAUAUUCUAAUCAUGCUAAAAACUAUACAAAUAGAUCAUUCAUCUCAUUUCAUUUCAUUUCAUAUUUCCAUCAUCACAAUAUCUGAGUAUGUAAAGAUGUUGCGUUUAAAGGGUUUUAAGCUUCCAAACGAGUUCCAGAAAAACAAAAUGACUCUUAAGGGGCCCACUGAUUAUCAGUCCGCCGGACGAUAUCAGCCUGUCAGUUGUUCGGAACUCUCAACUUUUUGUUCUGACAGGCCAGUCCGGCGGACUGAUAAUCAGUGGGCCCCUUCAAUGUAUUACUUACUCUGCUCUAGUCUAGUGUAAUCCAAACACGAGUCAUUUUGUUGAAAAAAAUUUUUUAUUAAUAAAAGUUUGAUUGAAAGCACGUAGGUAUCACAACGAUCAGUUUUUCUGUUACCCAUUAGUUAUGUUUUUAUUUAUUACAUGUACGUAAUUGAGUAAUAUACUUCUGUAUGUUACUUAAUUACACUUAAUAGUAAAAUUUCAAAAGUUACCUUCAUGAUAUCAAAUGUACAAACUAACGUGUACCUGAGUAGACUCGAAUCCUCCGAUCAAUAAAGUAUUG